GAUUUCAGCAGCUGGUGUGUUACACUCGCCUACAAGCUCUGGUUGUCAUAGAACGAAACUCGAAUGUGUAUUGAACAAACAAACUGAACGAAAAUUCCGAUACUCCACCGGCGGCAGUUUCGUUAUAUAUUCUUUGUACAUCCCCAGUCGCAGCCAUGUCAAUUAGGAGGGAGCACCAGUAUGGGUCGACUGUGCGAAACACGAUUGUGGCGCGGUCCAAUCGGCCAAUUAUCAACCGAAUGUUGCGAUCCGCCCGACUGGACUCCACGAUUGGUCAGACUGCGGCCAAGCCAGUUAAGGCGAAGCGGAUGGAGGCUAAGGCGCAGCUCAUGCAGAAGGAGCGAUCCUCCAGCACUGGGAUGAGCGGAUUCUCCAAGCUGACAAGUCGUGAGGGACUGGUGGGCAAGGAUUACUGGAACGCGGCCAUUGAGGAUGUGGAGUUCACUGCCGCCUGCCGCUUCCAGCCGCGCAUUCCCGUCAUCGACUAUUCCCUGGUGCUGCCGCCACGACUGCGCGAGAGGGUCAAGUGCAUCCAGAACUACGACUAUUCCAAGUCGGACGAGGACAUCUACAUCAGAGACGAAAUGCAGGAGGUGCGACCCGAGGACUAUAUGAGCGCCGAGAGCAGCGAAAAAAGUGAGGAGGAAGAGGACCACGUGCUCCUUGAGAUUGGACGCAAGAAGGUGGAGGAGUACUUCAACGAGAGUGACCACUCGGAUAUUGUGCGCAUGGAGCACGAGUUCGAGAAGUUCGAUCUGAAGUUGGAUGAGCCGGUGGGACACACCCAUCGCGUCGUGGACAAGUCCAGUUGGUAUGCCAAGUUCCUGUGCGCGCCGCGCGAUAAGAGAGUCAGCUGGCAGAGUCGCGUCGAACAUCCUGGCCAGAACUUCUCCAUGGUCACGCUGGACGAGCAGGCUGAGAACCUCAUGGAUGCGUCAGCAGAACGUUUUGUCGAGUGGCUGAACUCCUUUGGCACCUUGGAAAGCAAUUUGACCCCGGAAAAGGUCAAGAACCUUUUUUCCAUCAAGGGCGAUCGCACCCUGUUGGCCUCCGUGAAGACAGAUCCCAAGGAGGUCAACGCCAUUGCUCAGACAGUGGCCGAUAAGUGGAACAAGCCACAUAUGGCCAUUGAGCUUAAGUACGAGAAGCACAUCAAUGACCACGCAACCCGAGUGAACCAGAAGCCCCUGCUAAGUGCAUUUGGACGCACUGUUCCACUGAAGGAUCGUCCCUGGUUAAAACGAUCCGGGGACACCGUCAUUAAGACGGUCUAUCCGGAUGAUCUGCUGACCCGCGAGAAGAUCUUUAAGGGCAUCACCCACCUGCGGAGCACCACUGCCCUCAUCGAUUUCUAUCUGGCCCAUCCGGAACUGGAGCGGCCACAGUAUCUCCUGCAGAGCGGUGACUUUGAGGAGUCCAGCGCCAGUGAAUCUGUGGCUGAGGUGCCGCUCUACGAACUUCUGGGAUUGCGUUAUUAAGCCAUUGAUUGCCAAUAAUUUGAUUAGUUAAAUUGCAAGUGGUCUGUCCAAUAUGUUUAGUGAAAUAUAAAUAAUAAUGAUAU